GAAAAAAAAAUCAUCAACAGAGGGCCACAGAAACAGAGAGGGCACAUGGAAACACUGAGGCAAACACACAGCAAACAAAUCCAUCGACAGAAGCGGGGAUCGGGAAGAAAGUAAUGACAGCGAGAGGGGGGAGAAACACGCCAGCCUCAAACCGGCAGCCAGAAUGAAGAAGCGUUUCGGAAAACUGCGGGGAAAUUCCAGUGAAAGCGCAGCCGAGAAAGAAGCCAAAGGCAGAGGCGCCCAGCGCGGGAUCAGGAGGAGAAGCAAAUCCUGGCGGAGGGAUUGGGGAAGCCGCCGAUAGGCGGGAGGGAAUGGGGCAAACCCCGCGCUCUGUCAGCACACCGAGUCAGUCUGAGCUUCGAGCCGGAAUCCGCUUCCAAACUGCCAGCUGGAGGUAGAAAUGCCACUUGCGUCGGUCCGGGAGUAGUUUCAAGAAAACUGUCAGCCAGUUCGCUGUUACCCGGAGCCGGGAAGAAAUCUGGGAAAGUGACAAAAUCCAGGAGUUGCGAGCAUUUGAGCAAGGGGAGGAAGCGAGUGAAGCCACCCAUGUGCGGAUACUGCUAGCAGGUUUAAGCCAUACCUGCCUGAGAAGAAUAUGAGAUGGUAGCCUGUUCUGGGAUGCAGAUUACUCCAUUGUGCUCUCCUUUCCUUCUCAAGUCAUUCGUUUCCACGUUCUGCCCUUGGACUCCCAAAUGAAAACAACGUUAAAAAGUCAACUUUGUGAAACUUUGACUGAAGCACUCACAACAGAAUGUAUUCUAGGUUUAUCUCUGUGGAAUUCCAGUGAUCACAAUCCUCUUUCCAGUUAGUUAUUUCUUGACAUGUUUCAGCGAUGAGCUCUGCUGUGUUUUCGUGCUCUGGAAUAUCUAAAUAAAGGAAUCUCAUGUUCUGUGGAGGCUCAGUGAGAACAAAUUAUUGCUGGAACUUGAGGUAUGGCAGUGAGUAGUGUAAAGUCCAUGUACUGGGAAGGCUUCCCUCCCAUGCCUACCAAGCGUGUGUACUGCACUCCAGUGUAUCAGGAUAGGCAGUUGUUUGUUCUUGGGGGCUGUAGUGAUACAGGAUUGCCCCUGGACAAAGUUGAAAUGUUGGAUGUUGUCAGUCAGAAGUGGACAGAGCUACCCUCAAUGCCCACUCCUCGAGCUGGGGCAGCAGCAGUCAUUCUGAACAAACAAAUCCUCAUUAUUGGUGGCAUGAAUGAGGAGCAGAGCCCUUUAGGAUCAGUAGACAUCUUUAAUAUGGAUGAAGGCAAGUGGGAGAAAAAGGCACCACUGGGACAACCAUCAAUGGGAAUAACAGCUGUCAAGAAAGAUGGCAGGGUGUACGCUUUGGGAGGAAUGGGCUCAGAUGCUGCUCCACAAGCACUGGUACGUGUGUAUGAACCAACCAGGGAUCAUUGGCAACAACUACCACCGAUGCCAACACCACAGUAUGCAGCCUCUUCCUUCAUCAAGGGCAAUAAAAUUUAUGUCCUAGGAGGAAGACAGGGCAAACUUCCUGUGACUGCUUUUGAGGCCUUAGACCUGGAGACAAAGAGCUGGACCAAAUAUCCGAGCAUUCCUACCCGUCGUGCGUUUGCUAAUUGUGCUAUGACCGAAAAAUGCUUUUACAGCCUCGGAGGCCUUCAGCAGCCAGGGCCUCAGAACUUCUACUCCAGGCCACACUUUGUCAAUACAGUGGAAGUUUUUGACAUAGAACAAGGCACCUGGACGAAGCAGUCUCGUUCCACACGGAUGAGAGAGAAACGUGCAGACUUCUCUGUGGGCCAUAUUGGAGGAAGAGUGAUUGCUGCUGGAGGUUUAGGAAACCAACCGGCUCCACUCGGAUCAGUGGAAGGGUUUAAUCCAAACAAGAGGAAAUGGGAAAGUCUACCAGCAAUGAACACCCCACGCUGCUCUUGUUCCAGUCUGCAAACUGACAACAUGCUUUUUGUGAUCGGUGGUGUAGCACAGGGACCCAGUAAUGCUGUGGAGGCCUUGUGUGACCGAGAGAGUAUCUGAACACGCUGAAACUCUGAAAUCUAGGGGUGGGGCUCAGUGAUUACUGAAGAACUUAUAGAAUUGUUUGAAGAUUCUGGUAAAGAAUCUCACUGUUGUCAGUGAAAGCUAUUAAAAAAAUAACUUGCGAUACAAAGACAUACAAGAAAAAUUUAAACUCAAGGGUGAUGCUUUGUCUUAGAACA